CCGUUAACCAAAGAAUCGUUAACAGUGAGGAUGUCGUCAGUAAAAGUUGCGGUUCGCGUCCGACCCUUCAAUAAUAGGGAAUACAGUUAUAAUUGCAAAAACAUAAUCUCAAUGACCGGCCAAACGACAACAAUAUCUAACCCAAAAAUAACGGACACUUAUAAGACAUUUACAUUUGAUUACUCGUAUUGGUCUCACGAUUCUUCUGAUCCCAAUUACGCGGACCAAGAAGUGGUCUAUCGAGACAUCGGAGAAGAGAUGUUAGUACACGCUUUCGAGGGCUAUAAUGUGUGUAUCUUCGCAUACGGCCAGACCGGUGGCGGUAAGAGUUAUACAAUGAUGGGUAAACAGGACGACGAGGGCAUUAUUCCUCACAUUUGCAAAGACCUAUUCCAUCGAAUCCAAUGCGAAGACAAUAAUCAAGUGAUGUAUUCCGUCGAAGUCUCUUAUAUGGAGAUAUAUUGCGAACGCGUCAGAGAUCUAUUGAACCCUAAGAAUAAGGGCUCAUUACGUGUUCGCGAACACCCAGUGCUCGGACCCUAUGUUGAAGACCUGUCAAAGUUGGCGGUCACCUCAUAUGAGGACAUUCGCGAUAUUAUGGACGAAGGAAACAAAGCCAGAACUGUCGCCUCAACCAACAUGAAUGAAACGAGCAGUCGAUCGCACGCUGUCUUUACAAUAGUGUUCACUCAACUAAGAGAAGACAGUAUGACUGGUCUCGCGAGUGAAAAAGUUAGCAAAAUAUCUUUGGUUGAUUUGGCGGGCUCAGAACGUGCGGACGCAACCGGCGCUCAGGGGACACGACUUAAAGAAGGAGGAAAUUCAAAGACAGCAAUGAUUGCGGCGUUGAGUCCGGCGGAUAUUAAUUAUGAGGAGACUUUAAGUACCCUUCGAUACGCCGAUAGAGCGAAACAGAUAGUGUGCAAAGCGGUGAUCAAUGAGGACGCAAACGCCAAAAUCAUACGAGAACUCAAGGAUGAGAUCUCAAGACUCAGAGCUUUAUUGCGAACGGAAGGCAUCGACUUAGAAGAGAAUGGAUGUCCGAUCUCUGUUCAGGCGGAUCACCAACGAAGAAGUGGUUCGGUGUCGAUAGUGAGUGAGAACGCUAUGGAACAGUUGCAGGAAAGCGAAAAAUUGAUGCUUGAAUUGAACGAAACGUGGGAACAAAAGCUCAGAAAGACUGAAGCGAUUCGUAUACAACGGGAGACAGCGUUGGCUGAGAUGGGAGUCGCGACCAGAGAGGACGGCGAUGCGGUCGGAGUGUUCUCUCCGAGCGAAACGCCUCAUUUGGUUAACCUUAACGAAGACCCGCUUAUGUCUGAGUGUUUGAUAUACUAUAUUAAGGAUGGGUUUACACGAGUGGGUCAGUCAAACGCAUCGGUGCCCCAAGACAUUAGACUCAAUGGGACGCAUGUAAUCAGUGAGCACUGUAUCUUCGAAAACAGGAACGGAAGGGUCACUUUGAUUCCAUGCAAAGACGCUCUUUGUUUUGUGAAUGGCAAACAAGUGGAGCGACCGCUGGAAAUCAAAACCGGAUCCCGAGUUAUACUGGGAAAGUAUCACGUCUUUCGUUUCCAACACCCGACUCAGGCCCGAGAAAACAGAGAUCGCCGCUCGCCCUGUACUGAACAGCCCAGCGGUCCCUUACAGGCCGUCGACUGGACGUACGCUCAGUUGGAAUUACUAGAGAAACAGGGAAUCGAUUUGAAGUCAGAAAUGGAGCAAAAAUUGGUUAUUUUAGAGGAACAGUACAAGAAGGAGAAGGAAGAGGCGGAUCAGCUGUUCGAAGAACAGCGUAAAAAUUAUGAGCAGACAAUCGAAAGACUUCAACAGCAAGUCAAUGAACAAUCGAUGACAAUGUCUUCAUUAUACGCGUCCACAAUAUCCACACUUAAUGAAUGCAAAUUAGUUGACGACGAAGUCUUUCCUGAAGAAUAUGUAUGGACUGAACGCGAGAUUAAUAUUGCAAAGAGAGCGGCAAAGAAGUGGAAAUACCAUCAGUUCACUAGUCUUAGAGACGAUUUGUGGGGAAACGCUAUCUUCUUGAAAGAGGCAAACGCUAUCUCUGUUGAGCUUAAGAAGAGGGUUCAGUUUCAGUUUGUUUUGCUCACCGAUACGUUGUUUUCACCACUUCCUCCUGAGAUGAUCACCACUUAUGAUGAACUCGACUCCUGUGAGAAACAAGACGAGAGACCGUUUCCCCGGACUAUCGUUGCCGUCGAAGUGACUGACUUGAAGAACGGGGCCACACAUUACUGGUCUCUCAAUAAAUUGAGGAAAAGAUUAGAAUCGAUGCGAGAAAUGUAUAAAAACGAAGAAUGUUCUCCACUAUCGCCGACCGAAUGCGGUCUCAUUGAGUCCACUUCUGGUGGCGAUCCCUUCUAUGAUAGGUUUCCCUGGUUUAGACUCAUCGGCAGAACAUAUGUCUAUUUGUCGAGUCUUUUAUAUCCGGUUUGUCUCAUACAGAAAGUGCCGAUUGUUAAUGAAAAGGGAGACGUCAAGGGAUACCUCAGAGUUGCCAUUCAAACAGUCGGAGGUUUGAUAUUACAAUCGGCGCGAAUCAACUUCGAUGACAGCGACGAAGCUUUAAUUAAGAUACAGAAGAAGUAUCAAAUACAAAAAGAGGCCAAUACUCUGUUCAAUUCGGGCAGAGAAACGAGGGAUAGCUUGACCACAGAUGACCAGCAAAAUAAUAACUAUGAACUGAAUGUUGAUUACGAGAAUAAAGUCGGACAACAUUUACAAGAAGAUAAGGAAUUUACGUUUAGAGUAACAAUACUUCAAAUAAGCGGUAUAUCCAAAGAUUAUGGCGAUAUCUUCUGUCAAUUCAAUUUCCUGCACCGACACGACGAGGCCUUUUCCACUGAACCCAUCAAAAACACGGGCAAAGGUCCGGCGCCCGGAUUUUUCCGCGUCCAGAAUAUAACAGUAACGGUGACCAAAGCUUUCGUUGAAUACCUAAGACUGCAUCCAAUUGUCUUUGAGAUCUUUGGUCACUAUCAACAGCACCCGCUCCACAAAGAGGCCAAAGACGACAGAGAUUUCAUUGUCAAUUCCGGACAAAAUUCAUCGGUUCGUCCGCCGCCGCGACAUAUGUUCCCGCAAUCGGUUCCCAUUUCUUUGCCGAUCAAAUCUCAAAAGUUCACGUGUUUGUCCACAUCUCUGAGCUCUGCACUCGUGUAUUCAAAAUAUGAUUUAUUAGUUUGGAUGGAAAUCUGCGAAUUGGCUCCAAAUGGAGAAUACAAUCCGGUUGUUGUCGAUCACGACGACGACACGCCCUGUAGGGGCACAUUCCUCCUCCAUCAGGGCAUUCAACGCAGAAUUCGGAUCACUAUUGUUUACGAACCCGACUCUGAGGUUGUGUUUAAAGAUAUUCGCGAAGUAGUGAUCGGACGGAUCAGAACUCAGGCCGAGUGUCUGGACAUUGACGACGAGAGUGACUCAUCCAUUAUAUCUUUGGGUCUUUUCGGUGGAGAAUAUUUAGAGAAAUUGAAUAAUAGAAAUGUAUAUCGUUUUGAGGCCGCUUGGGAUACAUCACUUCACAACUCACUACUACUUAAUAGAGUCACUCCUUAUGGCGAACGCAUUUAUUUAACCAUUUCUUCCUAUUUAGAGCUGGAGAACUGUACACAACCGUCGAUAAUAACAAAAGAUUUUUGUCUUAUACUCUAUGGUCGAGACGCGCGAACAUUCCCUCGAUUGACACCCAAUACCAAAGUGUUAAAGAAUAUUCUGAGCGGCGCCUAUAGAGACGCCAAUUCUAAUCAUAUCAGUUCUGUCUAUGAACUUGUCUUGAAAAGAGCUGUCGAUUCGGGAAGUCCUGGAGUUCAACGAAGACAACGAAGAGUUUUGGACACUUCCACCGCUUAUGUGAGAGGAGAGGAAAACCUGAAGGGAUGGCAACCGAGAGGAGAUUCACUCAUAUUUGAUCAUCAGUGGGAACUCGAAAAGAUUAAGCGCAUCGAAGAAGUGGAAAAAGUGAGACAUAAAUUACUAGUGAAGGAUCGGUUGAAUAAUACCGACGAAAGUAGUUUUGAUGACAUUAACUUCACUUCGGCAAUGAAAACCAGUAGCAGUCGAUUGAGUCUGAUAUUAGCCUCACCGACAAAUCCGACGGCCACUCAGUUGGGAGCCAUCGACGCACUCUAUGAGCCCUGGGAUAUGACUGACAAUGAAAGGGAUCUUUGCCUUAAAUGUGUUAAUUUAAUCCAAACGCAUAUCCCGUCUAAACCUCCGCCACAAACGGUUAAGAAAAAUUCAUUGCAAACGCCAACUAACGAAGAGUUGACCAUUUCUUCCAUGUCUUCGAGUCCAGAUAUCUUAUCGCCCGACAAGUCUAUCAGUGCCUCUAAUUGGCUGAAGAGGACAUCAAAUAAUAUGUCGACCCAAGCAUUGGACGACGGAUUACAAAAUGAACAAUUGUUGGGAACAGAUGUGAAGCCAACAUUUGCUCCAGAAAUUGAAGAAAUCAGAGUCAGUCCUAUCAUCUCAAAGAAGGGUUACUUAAAUUGUUUAGAGGAUAGGACUGGAUGUUGGGUCAAGAGAUGGGUUGUUGUGAAACGACCGUAUCUUUUCAUAUAUGACGACCAAAAGGAUGCGCUCGAAAAGAAUGUCAUUAAUCUGUCCAACGCUUUGAUAGAGUGUUCAGAAGACCAAAAACAGAUGCUUAAAGUUGUGAAUGUCUUUUCCAUUGUAACCAAAUAUAGCGGGUUUUUAAUGCAAACUAAUUCUGAUAAAGAAGUUCACGAAUGGCUUUAUGCUAUCAAUCCUUUACUCGCCGGUCAGAUCAAGUCUAAGACCUCUCGAUUCAAUCGUAUUAACAAAGACAACAAUUGCGAAGAAAAGCAAACAGAAAAUAAUGAUUUAAAUCAGUGUUAUAUUUGAGUUUUCUUUGGUUUUAUUCAUUUUUUAUUCAAUUCUUAUAUUUUUAAAAAGCUUUCAUAAAACUUGAUAAAAGUAAUUUUCAGUCCUCUCUCUCUCUCUCUCUCUCUCUCUCUCUCUCUCUCUCUCUUCCUCCCUCUCUCUCUC